AACCGGACACUGAAAUAGCUUCAUCUUCAAAGCCAGAAGAAAGUUUCUGUGCUGACAAUUACAAUCCCUUCAAGGAUGAAGAUGCCCCAGAGUGCUUGAACCCAUUUGAUGAGCCAGAUCCUGAGCCUGAAACAUUUGUAACUGUAAGAGAUUCUCCUCCGCAACCUGCAAAAAGGAAGAACGUCAGACCAGUGGAUAUGAGCAAAUACCUCUAUGCGGAUACCUCUAAAGCUGAAGAGGAAGAGCUAGAUGAAUCAAAUCCAUUUUAUGAACCAAAAUCAAGCCCUGCUUUAAUUAAAGUUGCUCCACUGCAAGAACCAGAAAAGAAGAUGAAAAGAAAGGCUCCUGAACCACCAAACCUCUUGCCAAGGACAGAGACAGGAAUGAGUGAGAACAUGUCAGCUAUUCCUGCAUCGAGGGAGCUUUCUUCUUCUCCUAAGCCAAGCCCAAUACCAAGUCCUGUUUUGGGGAGAAAGCCAAACGCUAGUCAGUCACUGCUUGUGUGGUGCAAGGAAGUUACAAAAAACUAUAGGGGAGUGAAAAUCACCAAUUUUACUACAUCGUGGAGAAACGGUUUAUCCUUUUGUGCAAUAUUACAUCACUUUAGACCAGACCUCAUUGACUACAAGUCCCUGAAUCCUCAAGAUAUUAAAGAGAACAACAAAAAGGCAUACGAUGGGUUUGCCAGUUUAGGAAUAUCACGAUUGCUGGAACCUUCUGACAUGGUUUUAUUAGCGAUACCUGACAAACUGACUGUUAUGACCUAUCUCUAUCAAAUAAGGGCUCAUUUCUGUGGCCAGGAAUUAAACGUGGUUCAAAUAGAGGAGAACAGUAGCAAAAGCACGUAUAAAGUGGGUAACUAUGAAACGGACACAAACAGUUCUGUCGACCAGGAAAAAUUCUAUGCAGAGCUGAAUGACCUGAACCGGGAGCCCGAGCUGCAUCCGCCAGACAGUGGUUUGGCAGACUUUGCUUCUCAGGACGACUCUGUAUUUGUAAAUGACAGUGGUGUUGGCGAAUCUGAGAGCGAGCAUCAGACUCCCGAUGACCAUUUAAGCCCAAGCACAGCUUCCCCUUCUUCUCGCAGGACUCGAAGUGACACAGAUCCACAGAAAUCCCAGCAAAGCUCUGGAAGGACUUCUGCAUCUGAAGACGCUGGGAAGUGUAGCAGUACAGAUACAACACAAGCACAGCCUACGUUGGGAAGGAAGAAAUUGCUGAUAGCUGACACUUUAGACUUGAGUGACUUGGCACAUGUCAGCGAUCAAAAAGAGGACGUGUCUCCCACAGUUGCUUGUGAAGAUAAGGACAAGAAGAGACACCAGAGCUCAGACAAUACCAUUGGUUUCUCAGAGCAAGAAAAACUGGGACGUAUAGGAUCCACAGAGAGCACAAGAGCAGAUCCUGGUUCACCUGUCACAAAGCCAAGUUUAUCUCCUACUUCUCAGAUUGGAUACUCCUGUAAUAAGGAUACAGAUCUUGCAAAGAAACCGCAUGCUUCUCCAAGGCAAACAGAAUCCGAUUCUGACCAUGAUGCCAGAAUGGCUUUAAAUCAUGCAGAUCAAACUGCAAAAACAGCCCAGCAACGUAUGUUGUCAAGACAGGAAGAACUUAAAGAACGAGCAAGAGUUCUGCUUGAGCAAGCAAGAAGAGAUGCAGCUUUAAAGGCAGGGAAUAAGCAACUAACCAAUACUAUCAUCCCAGCCCGCAAUAAGCAGAUGAAUGAUCAGCAAGAUGAAGAGCGGCGUCGGCAGCUGAGAGAGAGAGCUCGUCAGCUAAUAGCAGAAGCUCGAUCUGGAGUGAAGAUGUCAGAACUUCCUAGCUACAGUGAAAUGGCUGCAGAAAAGUUGAAAGAAAGGUCAAAGGCAUCUGGAGAUGAGGAUGAGGAUGAUGAUAAUAUUGAGAUAGAUACUAACGAGGAGGUUCCUGAAUGCUCUGUUACUGGAGGUGGAGAUGAGCUUACUAACCUAGAAAAUGACCUUGAUUCAACGGAACAAAACAGUAAGUUGGUGGAUUUGAAGCUGAAGAAGUUCCUAGAAGCUCAGCCACAGGUGGCAAAUUCACUCUCCAGUGCUGCUCAGAAAGCUGUAACUGAUAGCUCAGAGCAAGACAUUAAGAAUGGAACAGAGGAACAUCGUGCUGAGCGAUUACAAAAAGCAGCAGAACGGUUUAGAAAUCCUGUUGUGUUCAGCAAGGACUCUACCGUCAGAAAAACUCAGCUCCAGUCUUUCAGUCAAUACGUGGAGAGCAGACCAGAGAUGAAAAGGCAGAGAUCAAUACAGGAAGAUACAAAGAGAGGAAAUGAGGAGAAGGCUGCGAUAACUGAGACUCAGAGGAAGCCAUCAGAAGAUGAAGUGCUUAAUAAAGGGUUCAAAGACACCAGUCAGUAUGUUGUAGGAGAAUUGGCAGCACUAGAGAAUGAGCAAAAGCAAAUUGACACCCGUGCCGCGCUGGUGGAGAAGCGCCUUCGCUAUCUCAUGGACACAGGAAGAAACACCGAAGAAGAAGAAGCUAUGAUGCAGGAAUGGUUCAUGCUGGUUAAUAAGAAGAAUGCCUUAAUAAGACGAAUGAACCAGCUCUCUCUUCUGGAAAAAGAACACGACCUCGAAAGGCGCUACGAGCUGCUGAAACGGCAAUUAAAGGAGAAACUGUCCCAAGAAAAUGCCUGCGAAAAUUCAAAAUACAUGAUUGUGACACCUCACAUCUCGAUGUGUGCGUCAGCGCUGUAUCGCUUUCUGUGCCCAACGUAUGCUGGGGUGCAAAGAAGCACUUUUUGGGAAACACUGCUGGAGCUUCAUGUGCCCACAUGUGGCUGGAGCCCGCGUCACGGCACGGUUAUCAGCCAGAAAGUUAGCCUGAAAGUUGGGGACCACGUCUGGGGGGAGCAAACAGCCGUGAAGUUCUCUGCUGUGUCUCUCUCCUCCUUUUCUGCCCGGCUCCCUGUGGUUGCCCUUCAUAAGACGGGUUUGUCACACCGAGGUUGCAUUGCACACACAGGGGCUUUAUUUGCGUGGGUAAAACCUUCAGGUUUUGGGCGGCUCAGGGUUGCAGAGGUGCGGUGGGGUGUGUUUUUUAAACGGGUGGAACUGAAGGAGCCUUCCCCAAAAGGAGCAAAAGGGCAAGCAGCGGUGGAAAUUGAGAGACCGCCUUAA